GUCAUCAACCACCAACUUUUCGCUUCUUGUUCAGACACAGUUGACUUGUUCGACUUAUAGCAUUUCCCCCGCUUGGUGCGCCACAUUAUCAACCGAAGCAGCUCAAAGUCACUACCAGCAUCCGCACUCACUUCGAACAUGUCUGCUCAGUGGGAAGUCCGCUUCAGUAACACGCGCAAGCUCCCAUACUUUUAUGACUCGGCAUCAGGUACUUCCACAUGGGAAGCACCGUCAGGCCUCUCGCCAGAGCAGAUUAGUGCGCUCCCCGGUGCGGCGCAGUACCUAGGACGCGAUGGGGCCAGCAGCAACUCUGCAGCCGCAGGGAGGGAUUCUGCGACCAAAGUCAGGGCGUCGCAUCUGCUUAUUAAGCACGCCAAGAGUCGGAGACCUAGCAGUCACAGACAGGCAAAUAUCACACGCUCGCCGGAAGAAGCCGAACAAAUCAUCCGGGAUCACUUAAAGACGCUUGGCCCAAAUCCCUCCGCAGAAGCAUUUGCCAAACUUGCUGCAGACCACAGCGACUGCUCUUCGGCGCGAUCGGGCGGGGACCUGGGUUUCUUCUCGCGUGGGCAGAUGCAGAAGCCGUUCGAGGAUGCAGCGUUCUCGCUGCCCGUCGGUGCGCUCAGCGACAUUGUUCAGACAGAGAGUGGGACGCACGUCAUCCUCAGGACGGCAUGAGUGUUCGCAAGUCCAGGAAGCCGUGCAUAAUGUAUGGCGCCUUUUGAAGACGAAAGAAAAAAACCAAGACGAUCACGCGAACAUGAGGAGUCAGACACUCGAUGACACCCGACGGGCUUGAUGCCUGGGGCGACCAAGAGCCACGUGCACAUGUCAUGAUGCCUGAUAGCAAGGCUUUCCUCUUUCCUCGCGGCGAUUACCGGCAACCGACCAUCGAUCAAUUUCGAC